CGGCUUCUAGCGACAGACGCCGGUCUCUGCCGUACCGCGCUGUGGAUUGUGGGUGUCGGGGACGUUGGUUGCGCUUGAAGCAAUAGUGGACUAAACUCAGAGCGUCGCGCAUUCUACUGAGAGUCAACAUGUCUAGCCGUGGUGGAAAGAAAAAGAUUACCAAGACAUCCCGGUCUUCUAAGGCUGGAGUUAUCUUCCCUGUCGGCAGAAUGCUGCGUUACAUUAAAAGAGGACUUCCCAAAUAUCGUGUUGGUGUUGGGGCUCCGGUUUACAUGGCUGCAGUUUUAGAAUACCUGACUGCUGAAAUUCUGGAGCUGGCAGGAAAUGCGGCCAGAGACAACAAGAAGGGCCGUGUAACACCUAGACACAUUUUGCUAGCCAUCGCCAAUGACGAGGAACUUCAUCAACUACUGAGAGGCGUUACUAUUGCUGCUGGUGGAGUAUUGCCCAAUAUUCAGCCAGAACUGCUCUCCAAAAAGAGGGGCUCAAAAGCGAAGCUUGAAGCCAUCAUCACCCCUGCACCAACAAAGAAGUCUAAAGCCACUAAAAACGCAGAUGUCAAGAGACUUGGUACUAAAAAGUCGACAAGGGUUAAGAAACGGGGUGAGACGAGUAAAUCAGCAAGCGCAGACAGGACCACAGCGGCUGAUAGGUUUACUGUGCUCUCCUCCAAGACUCUGUUUCUCGGCCAGAAGUUGCAAGUUGUGCAAGCUGAUAUUGCCACCAUCGAAAGUGAAGCUGUUGUUCACCCAACCAACUCCACCUUCUACAUGGGUGGUGAAGUAGGCAGUGCUUUGGAGAAGAAAGGUGGGAAGGAGUUUGGAGAUGCAGUUGUUGAACUACGCAAGAAAAAUGGCCCUCUUGAGGUGGCAGGAGUUGCUCUGACCUCAGGAUUUGGACUUCCUGCAAAGUUUGUCAUCCACUGUAACAGUCCAGGAUGGGGAUCAGAUAAAUGUGAAGAGAUGCUAGAUAAAACUGUGAGGAACUGUCUUGCUCUUGCUGAUGAGAAAAAACUUAAAUCCGUGGCAUUCCCAUCUAUCGGCAGUGGCAGAAAUGGUUUUCCUAAGCAGACUGCUGCCCAGCUUAUUUUGAAGGCUAUCUCCAGCUACUUUGUGACAACAAUGUCAUCCUCAAUCAAGACUGUGUAUUUCGUACUGUUUGACAGUGAGAGCAUAGGGAUCUAUGUGCAAGAAAUGGCAAAACUGGAUGCCAAUUAACUUUAUUAUUAUUUACCAAAGGUAGAUUCAAAGCUAAAAAUAAAAACAUUUAAAGAUUAUACAGUAUGAAGAGUAUGUUCAUUUUUAAGGAAAUAUGAUUUUUUUGUUGGUACUUUAUAGUGAUGGGUGUUGUACUGUGUACUAAUGAAGGUUUGCUGCAUUCCAGAUUCCAAUUCGUUUUUUUAAUUCAGAAAUGUUUAGGACACUUGUUUCAGCACUCUUCUGGGCUGAGUUUAAAAAUUACACUUAAAUGUAAUGAAUAUGUAAUGAAAUACUUAUUAAAUGCAGUAGCCAAUAAACUGGCUAUUGUAUACAGUAUGGCAAAUAAAUAAACAAAUACAAUUGAUUAAUUUCAGCAAAAGAUGAGAUCUUUCAGGGGAGAAUGAUAGAUAGGCUAUACAGGCUGAAAAAGAGGGGAAACAUAUUAAGGAGGCAGUGAUUGUGUGAUGUGUUCCGUAACAAUCAACAAAUAAUAUGAAAACAAACCCCUGUGCUGAAUAUUUAAACUAAGUUACAAAGAUGAUCAAUUUAGGUGACAUUGUAGCACGUCAUGAAAAACAUACUUGUAAUGUCUAUCUAAUGUUAGGCCUAAUAUAUGCCAAUUAUAUAUAUAUAUAUAUAUAUAUAUAUAUAUAUGUUGUAAAAUAGACUAUAUUUAGAAUAAAACUGUAAUUUGUCACUGCUGCCAGCAGAUGGCCCUCUAAGUCUAAUUUUAUCUCACUGGAACUUAUACGGUAGACUACAUUUGGAUGUGUGUUGAGUCUCUUUCGAUGUACACUUACUUACUGUACGUUAAACAUAUAGGCCACUUCUGUUCACCACACUUACAUUCAUUUGAUCAAGAGUUACUGUUGAAACAUUGUGAAAUGUUACAGAUGACAUGAUGGGACACAAAAUGUUCCCAGCUCAACACCUAAAACUUCAUAUACUGUUUUUUAAUGAUUGUUAGCAUUGGUCUCUCCUUAUUUCCGUGAUGAGAAAACAAUAGAAAAUGCUCAAAACACAAGAAAAUGCAAAGGAUUCAAUGGUUCUAAUAAGAAUUGUAUUGGUUUUAAUAGAAACUGUAAAGUCUACUUGUAUAUGAUGGAAACUAUGGUGGGAUCGUGGGAUGUUAUCUGGCAGAUGGGAACCAACAGAACACUAUAAAAUCCUACAAAAAAGAUUUUUUUGUAAUUGGAAUUGUUGUAAUGGAAAAGCUAAUGGCUCAUUGUGGUAUUUUAAUGUAAACCAUAUCAUUUCUGAUGGUUUCUUUGGGGUUUUGUUGUUUUCUUUUAAUUUAAUUUUCUUUUAUUUAGGUAAUGCUUUUCUCAAUUUUCAUUGGUGCAAAGCAGCUUUACACGCUGUUAAUAAAUGCUGUGUUUAACACCACAGUUAGUGCUACUAGUAUAUUUCUGGGAUAUGUCUGUGUCUUAAACUACUGACUAUGAUAUUAUCUUUUAUCUGGUCUGUCAGCUUCUCUCUCAUAAUUCCUCACUCUUUAGUACCAGUUUAAUGUUAAUAAUAAAUCUUUGACCAUUUAAACUAGUGAUGUCCAGGUACGAAUUGUUGAGUUGGUUCUUUUCAGUGGAUUGGUCAAAAGGUGGUAGCACCAUGGUCUAAACUGGUUGACCGUUUCACCGUCAUGAUGAAUUGUCCUAAGCGGUGGUUUAGGUGAAGACUGAAAUAAUUACUUUACGCCAGCAAUGAGGAAGUUUACCUGGAGGUAGACUUGUGGACGUUGCAUGUUUUUAACAUUCAGUAUGGGCCAAAGGUGAUGUCCGGGAGGCAUGUUUGUACCAUACUUUUAAUGUCCCUCGGGUUAUAUUAAAGCUUUAAAAUAUGAGGUGUACUAUAAGACAUUUAUUGGGCAAAAUUGUCUGGCAAAAAUGCAAACUACAGCAUUAAUGAAUAUGGGUUUUAUUUGAAUAAAGCCCGUAUUUGUUGAGUUUAUCUGCAAAAACAAAUCACGUAUAUUCUUAAAUAAAAAAAUAAUGUUUUUUAUGAUGUUAUGUUUUUAUUGUUUUUUAUUGUGUUAGUUAGCUGGUUGUUUUAUAGUUAUAAUUACUUAACUCAACUGCAGUUGGA